AUGAAGACUAGAGGCCGAAUUGGUCCUGUGCCCGACUUCGUAGGCCUUCAGGGAUCCUCCAGAAGAAGUCCCCAGACCUGUUGUCCUUCCUCAGUGGGUGGUGAUGGAAGUGAUGCAUGCACUUCAUUCAUGUCUCAAACCUUCCUGGUUAAGGCAGAGAUUUCAUGUAGAUUGCCAAGGACAAAGAUGCAGCAGUUGCUUCUGACCACUGUGCACGUGCCCUCUUCCUUGGGUCAUAUCAAGGCUGAUGCAGUUAUGGAGAACAGCGUGCUGGGUUUCUCCUCCUUGGUGAGUCACUGA